GUGAAGGACGUUCCCAGAUGCAAUUGGAGAUGGCUCAUCAAAACGAUUUGAAAGUUUUGGUGUAAAUACUCAGGCAUACAACCGGGGGGAGGAUUGGCUUUCCCUGCUCUGGUAGAGUGUCCGGAUUAGCUGCGCUGUGUGUUAAUGUUGCAGGAUUUAAUCCCCACCCACAAUGCUUCUGCCAGGAGCCGCCUUAAUCCCUAGCGAUUCCGUUUUGUUGUAGUUACAGACGCUGGGCUGAGAGAGGACCAUGGAUGAGUUUCAGACGGGAGAGGAGGUAGCUUUUAUUGUUGAUGAUGUAAGCACCAUCAUUAAAGAAGCAGUGGAAAAUACAAUUGGAGGGAAUGCCUACCAACACAACAAAGUGAAUCAAUGGACAUCCGCAGUAGUGGAGCAAUGUCUCAAUCAACUCACCAAAUUGGCCAAGCCUUUUAAAUACAUUGUAACCUGUGUUAUAAUGCAAAAGAAUGGAGCAGGCCUGCAUACUGCUAGUUCAUGCUUCUGGGACAAUUCUGUCGAUGGAAGCUGCACGGUCAGAUGGGAGAACAAGACCAUGUACUGCAUUGUUAGCAUCUUUGGCCUUGGUGUCUAGAACUUCAGUUAUUGCUGCAUUUUUUUCUGCAAACCACCUUUUAUGUCUCUUAUACCAAAAUGCAUUACUUAAGGGCUUGUCAAAAUUGUCAAUUUGUCAAUAACUAAUACCGAAUUUGCAUUUGCCAGGGAAUCUUACUCAAAAAAUGACGAAGGAAAAUUAAUGCAAUACAACCCGAUUUGGAUUUUGAGUUGUUGUAACUCAUUUCUGAUACAUAUCAGGGAAGGAGUGACAUAUUAUACACAGAACUUACAGCAUAA